AUGAGAAUAACCACCACAGACUGGAGACAGUCACUUACCGAACAAGAUAGAAAGAGAUAUACUUUUAUGUUCUUUAAGGGAUUAGAAGUAUUUCAAAAAAUUUCUCAAGUUAAUUUUAACAUUGCAAAAUCAUGGGAAACUCAAGCUUAUAAUAGAGCCCAUUCACGAGAAGAAUAUAGUAAUACGAUAGGAAAUAGAUUGAAAGAUUUAAUUAAAAAAGUUCAAGCUGUGGGUAAACGACGAAGGCAACAAUUAAGAGCUUUACGAGUUUUACAAUUACAACAACAAUUUAAUACUCAAAAUACUCAAAAUUCUAUUCAAUCAAGA